AUGGCUUCUCGAGAUACAGCUUUACAGAGCUCAAUUGCCUUUCUUCAAAUUCAGAAAAAUGCGAAUUUAAAGAGAUCUACCUCGAUGAGUGAAGAUGUGUUCCGAAUUUUUCGUCAGACAGGGCGACGAAUUUCUUUGAUUCAGCAACAGGUGGAGAGGGAGCGAUGUUCUUACUUAAAGGAGUCCUACACGGAAAAAAACCAGCUUUAUAAAGAACUCGCGCAUAUUUUCCAUUCCAAGAGAGCAAUCAGGGCUCAACAAGGGACAGAUGUUCUGUCCUCGACACCCGCUCCUCAAAAGAAACAUUCACAAGCUAGUUUUGGGGAGAAAUCAAAAGAGGCAGAUCUUGGCAAUGGUCACAAAUGCAAGUCCGUGAAGGAACUUCGUUCGAUUAAUGUUAACGUAUUAAAAAGAUGCGAGUGUUGUCGCCGUAGGGCUUUUCGAACCAUUGAAGAAAAUGAUGACGACGAAGAUAUUUUUGAUGAAGAAGCUUUCCAAUACGAGAGUCAGUUGCAAACGCUCGAUGACAAGUCAAGCGACAAGCCGAAAACUAAAGCUGGCAGAAAGAUAAGCCAGAGUUCUAGGUCUUCAAACGAAAAGAAUGAACGUAAAGUGGGUAAAAAGAAGACUGCACUGGUGCAGUUUAGUAGGUAUGACGAUAUUCGAAUGCCAGCUGCCACUCAGAGAGUUAAGGCAGGAAUAUGGGCUUUGAAAAAGCAGAAUGGUGGGCCUGAUGAUCAGAAAAAACAAAGUAAGGCAGUGCGUUUUGGAGGAAAUGAUUCGACGGUGGGAAGUCCUUCGGUUCAAAGAAAGACCUCGUCUGAUACUCCUGCUUCGACUGCGAGACCAACACUUAAAUCCCGAGCGAGUAUAAAAUUGGAAAGUCAGAACAACAAAGGUGACAAACUACACCUUGAUGGUAACGCAUGGUCCACUCAUGUACAAGACAUUCAUGAGAAAAAGAUCAACAAUAACAAUGCAAUUAGCGGCUUGUCGAAGGCGUAUUGCGCGUUUAAAAAGCUCCUUAACAAGAUGGAGGACGAAUAUCAGGCAAAGCAAGUGAAAGAGGAAGAAAUGAGGUCUGAAAGUCGAAUUGAACUACCAGGUAGUCGACCAGUUUCGAACAUAUCAGGGAGCGAUUCAAGAUGGGCCCCUUUGCGUCGAAGUUCAGACUCGCUUUCUGUUCGUUUGAACACAUGGACAACGGGAAGCCUCGAGCCCACCUCCAUGAACAGCUUCGAGGAAAAUUGCGAGGAAGAAGUCCGGGAAGGGGAAGGCGAGAGUGUGAACAUUGGGGAGGAUGAGAAAGAUGAUGGUUCCUUACAUGAAGUGUACAUUAUGCAACACCGUUAGCUGGUAAAUGACAAAAACCACAACAGAGACUUAAAUUAUAACUGGAUACUAAUUGAAACUUACAGGACGUGAAAGGCACUUGGCAUUGCUGAUCAUUCAAAGAGAUAUCUCAUUUUGAGAAUUAUUAAAUAAUUAUCUUUGGAGACUUAAUUCUUUGCUAAGGAGGACUUUUAUUCAUAGAUUUUUCAGGCCAUUUUGAAUGCCUAUAAAAGAACUUUUCAAGCAGUAACGAAUGGGUAGAUCAUUCAGGAGAGAGUUAAAAUAUUGCAAUUAAUUGCUCACAAUCAAAACCAUUGAUAACCUUCCUUAUCUGGAAUAUCGUCAGACGCAGUCAUGUGUACAUCUGUACCUAAACUUGGUCUUAGUGAAAGCAAGUAGGCUUAUGUCCAUUAAACUUAAAAAGAAACUUAUUUAAGCUUUUCUUUUAUACUCUCAGUCAGUGUUAUACAUUGGUAACCACUUUCAGAAUAUAUAUCUCUGCGUUCGUACCGAUAAUAUUGCCACCAUGGUACUACAGAUCUACGUUGGUCAGAAAAAGUUCUUCUUUGACUCCAAGAGGUUAUGACAUUUACAAAAUAUUUGCAUGACAAUGGAGUUUUCGAUGUUGGUUUUAACCUCGAGACGUCCUCAUCACUAUAUGUUUCCGUAUGUAAAAUUAGUCUCCAUCAGAUAUCGCCUUAAGUAUAAUCUUCCCUAAAAGGUUCUGAAUGAACCGAUCCCCAAUUGACAUCGAUUAAUCGCAAAGCUCAAAACUUAACUUAAACCUCGAGAUUGUGAACCACUUUCCAGGUUCCAAAAGUUCUCUCUGCUUCACGGGAUUAUAAGAAAGAUUAAGAAAAACGAGAUCAAAAAUUUUCUCAUUCUGUUUCAGUGACAUACGAUCAUUUACUCGGAAGACGUCAGUCACAAAACCCAGAGGUUAAUCGUGGGUGCCAGCAUGACUGUUACUCUCCUGUUUCACCGUGCUUACUGGAAAGUUAUAUGUGGUUAACCCAUCCAUUUCAGUUUCCAAAGUUAGAAGUUAGAAAAGACUUGACAUACUCGAAAAUCCAGACGAACUUGAAUUAUUCCUUGACCUGUUAGGCUCCUGAUAAUCAUCGUCAUUGUCAUCGUCAUCGUCAUCUUCUAUUUUCAGAGUUCUCCUGUGUAGCCCGGUUCGCCACCUCGACAUGUCCUGACAACUACUUGGUCUAGGCUUUGUUCCUGCUGAACACCAACUCGCCCUUCGUCUUCUUGGGCCAUCCUCCUCUGGUGCGCGCUGAUAGCCAAAGGACCUAUCUUGUUCUCGAGGAAAACUACCUCUUUUCAAUGAUGUAUGACUUAGGUCGCGCACAUUCAUAAGAUUGCACUCUGACUGAGCAAUUUUCUGAACAUUGUUGAAAUUCGUAAAACUCUCCUGAAUUUGGGCAAAAUCUUGCCUGCUCCCAGCAUGAUCACUUGACAUUCUCCUUACAGGAAUCCUUGGAAGUUUUGAUGAGGCCAGAACUGGAAAGUGCUGGUGGACCAUUAAUGAGCUUCUUCCUGAAUCAUACACUGGUCCAUCAGAAGCUGUUCUUGACAACAUUGCAUGA